UGAUAGUGAUAGUGGAAAAACUAAUCUUGCUCUCUAAAUCCUAACAAUGGUGUGUAUAAAGGUAAUGAUAGAGGAAGAAGAAACAGAGAAAUGGCUGAAAUAUUAUUCAUCAUUUCAUCAAAUACUACUAGUGGGUGAAGGUGACUUCUCUUUUACGCUGUGUUUGGCACAAUUCUUCGGCUCUGCUUCCAACAUUGUUGCCACUACACUCGACUCUUAUGAAUCUUUGACAAAGAAGUACAAGAGAGCAAAAAGAAACUUGGAAUUGUUGGAGAAGUUAGGAGCAUUUGUUAUACAUGGGGUUGAUGCAACCAAAAUGAAGCUACACACUGACAUUAAGAUGAGGAAGUUUGAUCGUAUUGUCUUCAACUUCCCUCACGCAGGUUUCCAUGGAAGAGAACAGAAUCUGCAGCUUAUCAAAAAGCAUAGGAUGCUUGUGGGUGGGUUUUUCAACAAUGCCAGUGGUAUGCUACGACCAAAUGGUGAAAUUCAUGUUAACCACAAAACAUCUGCUCCGUUUUGUCAAUGGAAUCUCGAAGAACUUGCUUCUCGAAACUCACUUCUAUUGCUUGAAUCUGUUCCAUUCAAGAUUGAAGACUACCCUGGUUAUAACAACAAGAGAGGAGAUGGGUGGAGAUGUGACGAGCCUUUUCCUUUGGGAGAAUGCAGCACUUUCAAGUUCAUUUUCUCAACUCGGUGUAAGAAGAUGUCCACCAAUCACAGUCACAGCACUUCAGUGAAAAAUCGUACUACUUUUGAGCAAAAUAACCAGGUGAAGCUUUUCUCUGGACAUGUAGGUUCCACGGUCUAUCAUGAUAAGUUUAGAGAAGAAUUUGGUUGGUUAUUUUCUUGGUAUUUUACUCAUGUUGAGGAGACAUUCGGGCUUCAUGAGGAAAGAGUUGUCUACAACGUACAUAAAGCAGUAAAACGAGGCUAUGACAGAUUCGUUACUAUAUCUUCUGGAAGACCGUCGAGCGAUUUCAUCGAAUUUCUAAGGGAGCUCCGUCACUUGAGUCUUAAGAGGAUAAAGUGGUUAGAGCAGAGUUUGGAUGGUAUGCGUCGACGUUAGUUCUUCAUAUGGCAUGUUUUGGAUCCAAAUCAUGGUUUUUGUGUACAAAAGUUAUAGCUAGGGAAGUG